AUGACAUUGUUACUCAACUUACACGCGCUCUUUACCGUCAUUGUUGUUGCCAAUCUUUCUACCAGAUGCAGCGCACUGCUCUCUGGACGUGACUUUUGCUCCACACCGGCGCCCGAUGAGUCACUCCGAGCAGAGCACAGGAGAUUGUAUGAUCUACAGGACCAACGUGGCAGCACCGCUGAGGAAAGCCGGGAGGUGGUGUCUAUGAUUGAAAUCGAGACAUGGUUUCAUAUCGUAAGCAGCAAUGAAGCAUCCGACACAGUAUCAGACGACAUGAUCACCAGUCAGCUUUCCUAUCUUCAGAAGGCAUAUGAAAGUGCGACUAUCAGCUAUCGGUUGGAGGGCAUUACUCGUCAUAUAAAUGACUCUUGGGCGCGGAAUGAUGACGAAUUGGGGAUGAAGAAUGCCCUACGAAGGGGCAAUUAUAGCACUUUAAAUGUCUAUUUCCAAACAGAUCUUCAGGCGUCUUCAGACGACACUUCUCGGGGCCUCCCCUAUAACGGCAAUCGACGAACAGAUGUAUCGGAUCAAUCAUCAACAACUGUCCUUGGCUUCUGUACGUUGCCUGACCCGAGCGUGAAUUCCAGCAGCCCUCGUUCUAGUUACAUCAAGGAUGGUUGUAACGUGUUAGCCGAUACCAUGCCGGGUGGUAGUUUAGCGCAGUACAACCAGGGCGGCACAGCGGUUCAUGAGGUUGGCCAUUGGAAUGGGCUGCUGCACACGUUCGAAGGUGAAUCGUGCUCCCCUGAUAAUGAAGGAGAUUACAUUGAUGACACCCCUGAGCAAUCUGAGCCUACGAGCGGAUGCCCCGCCGAGAAGGAUUCAUGUCCAGAUCUUCCUGGCCUUGAUGCAAUCCAUAAUUUUAUGGACUAUUCAUCUGAUGACUGUUAUGAGAGUUUUACUCCAGAUCAAGCUGAGAGGAUGAGGAGCAUGUGGUCCGCUAUGCGGGAAGGGAAGUGA